AUGAGUGUGAGUAUGCAACUCGUUUUGAAUUAUAUUUUACCAGUCAAAACAAUAGGAAAUUUAUGGACUCCUCAACUUGUACAUAAUUUUAUUCUUCAAACCAUCGCUUCGGCAGUUAUACUCUUUUUAUGUCUUUGGGGAAUGAUUAUUUUCGCCAAUAUUAUUCGUUUUAUCGCAACUUGCUCUAUCGAUCUAUGGGUGUCUAGUAACAAUGCUGAUCAGCGGAAUACAAUUGGAAUGUGUAUCCGGCGAGCGUUUACUACAGAUUUUAAAACAAUCUGCAUAGGUCCACAAUCUCAAACUGCAUUCCUAGUUGAAUCUCGUAUGAGAGAAUUCAGAAAACGGGUAAAGGUCUUAAUUUAUAGCUACACGCGUUAUUGUCAAACAUUUAAAAUGAUACUUGGUUUGAUGAACGAAUGGGAUUUUGAAUAUGAAGCAUUAACCAAACAACCAUUUGCUCAAGCUAGUCGAAAAGCACUGAAAACAACACAUCCAGAUCAUUAUGCAAGUUUGACCAGUGCUUGGGAUACAUUACAUCGGAAGGAGUUGGUCACCAGCGAUAACUCUAAUAACAUAUGA